GGUGGGUGGGGCUCAAUAGCUGCAAUCUCAGUAUAGCUGCCAGGAGUGCAUGAAUACUGCAUAAUGCAAGAAUUUUCAUUCAACAUCAGAGAUUAUGCUAAGAUGAUAGCUAUAGCCAACCUGCUGAUGAUGAUGGGUAUGCUGACAAUGGUGGCUGGGCAGGCUCCAGGAGAUGAGCAAGAACUGUGUACAGUAUUUCUACCUGACCUAGGAAUAAACAUAGUGGAGGACCCUCCUAAUGGGAGGAUUCUAAUGGACUCCACUCACUAUAACAGGUUGCUUGCACCAAACAGUAAUCCAGUGUGGCAGGCAGUGGACCUUGAUGCCAAUAAUCCCAUUGGGCUCCGUUCAUCAUGGAUAGAACAAGGGGUUAACUGUGAGUCUACCAUAUCUGUUUGCGGUUGGUCAGGUGGGGAUCAGAACAACUGGCUCUUUACUCAGCACAUCAACAGAACUGUGGAUGGAUACCCCCUACAGCAAGUCUCCGUACAGAUCGAAUACCAGCAGUCUACUUGCCCUGAUACUACGGUAGACAACACAAGAUGUAGGAGAAUAUUUGACCUUUGGAAAUAUGAGACAUCUUCAGUGAAUCUUGUGGCUGCCAGGGACACUAGUAAUUAUGUGGCUAUACGAACCUUGACAACUCAGGUCUCUGGAACUAUCACACAAAGUAUUGACAACUUUGGAUUCAAUACCGAUGAAUCUGGGUUCUACCUCGCUAUUAGAGAUCGUGGCACUUGUAUUCUCAUCUCUCGACUGACUGUCUUCUAUAAUGCCUGUCCUGGCGAAACAGUAAACUUGGUGGUGCGCCCUGAAACGAUAGCUCCUAUGGUAGGGUCUGGUAUACAGCUCAGCGUUAAUGCCUCUUGUGUCGAUAACUCCAGUCCUGUAGGUAAUGAUUUCUGGCUUAAGUGUUUGGAUAGCGGUGACUGGGUUGCUGCAGCCUCUAGUAGGUGUGAGUGCAACACUGGGUUUGUUCCCACCAUGGACGGAGAAAAUUGUUUGUCCUGUGACCCUGGGUUCUACGCCAGUGUGGCUAAUACUAUUGCAGAGUGUCUAACAUGCCCUAGCAACAGCAACAGCACAGCCUCAGGCCUGGCAGAGUGUCCCUGUGAUGAUGGUUACUACAGAACACCACAAGAGGUGGACCUUCCAUGCACUCUUCCCCCAUCCCCUCCGCUUAAUGUAAAGGUGGUGGGUACGUCCAGUACCACGAUAACGUUAGCCUGGGAGGAGCCAGUGUCCACUGGUGGUAGGGGGAGAGAUGAACUACGAUACAACCUCUGGAUCAGGACUGCUGGGGAGAUAGACAUCGAACUAUCUAAUACUGUCACCGACACCAUGGGAGUGAUUGGAGGACUAUUUUCAGAUAUUGAGUACACAGUAUUUGUGACAUCAGAGACGGACAUAACAGAUUUUAUCCCCGUGAAAGAGGUUUUCAUUCUGGCCAGAGGAGAUACACUUGUUCAAUCUACUGGUGGGAUUGCAACUGAACUAUUAGUGGGAGUAACUGUGUCUGUUGUGGCUGUAGUGUUUACUGCAAUUGCUGUCAUAAGCGUCGUCAGUAUUGCUUGUGUAUGCUACAAAAAACGCGUGAAGAAGAUAGAGAUUGAACUCCAGGAAUUGCAGAUGGUGCAGGUCAACACAAAUCUCUCCUACGGACAAGCCACUCAGUCAAAUGAUUGCAUUGUGGAAACUGUUUACUCGGACGGACAAUAUGAAAUUGUAAACGACUUUGCUUGA